CAGAGGUGUCUAUGGGGCCCUACUGGGCCUGCAGUGCCCUACAGCCCCACCAGGCGUCAGCGCCGCCCUGGCAGCCACUCUGAUACGUCUUGGGCAGCGCUCUAUGAUCUCCACAGGUUCCUGAGCCAUGGACAGCCCCCUGGACCUCUCCCCACUGCUGCCAGCCCCCCGGCUCCAGGCCCUAGCCCAGGCCUGGCUGGAGGAGGACGCCCCGGGCCCUGACUACGCUGCCCUGGCCGUGGGGCGGGCGCCGUGCCGGGCCCAGCUGCUCUGCAAGUCACCGGGCGUCCUGGCAGGACUGCCCUUCGCUGAGGCGGUGUGGGCCGCCACAGGGUGCACGGUGGCCCGGCGGGUGGCCGAGGGGCAGCUGGUGGCCCCGGUGGCCGUGGUGGCCGAGGUGCAGGGCCCUGGGGCCGGGGUGCUGCUGGGCGAGCGGGCGGCCCUCAACUGCCUAGGCCGCUGCAGCGGGGUGGCCACGGCGGCCACCCGUGCUGUGGGGCGAGCCCGGGCUGCGGGGUGGCCAGGGACGGUGGCCGGGACGCGGAAGACGACGCCGGGCUUCCGGCUGGUGGAGAAGUACGGACUGCUGGUGGGGGGCGCCCACCCCCACCGCUAUGGCCUGGCCGACGCCAUCAUGCUCAAGGACAACCAUCUCCUGGCUGCUGGGGUCCCCCUGGCCCAGGUGGUGCGGGAGGCCCGGCGGGUGGCCGGCUUCGCCCUGCGGCUCGAGGUGGAAUGCGGCUCCGUGGCCGAAGCCAUGGAAGCGGCCGGCGCCGGCGCCGAUAUCGUCAUGCUGGACAACUUCGACCCGGAGGCACUGCAGGUGGCGGCGGCGGCGGUGAAGGCCGCCCACCCCAGGGUGACGGUGGAGGCCAGCGGCGGGAUCAGCGAGGCCAACCUGCCCCACUUCCUGGGGCCCCACGUGGAUGUCGUCUCCAUGGGAAGCCUCACCCAGGCCGCCCCGGCCCUCGACUUCUCCCUCCGCGUCCUCCCUGGGGACGGCGAUGGCCCCUGCUGAGCCCCGUCCCGUGGGGCUGAGAGGGGACCUCCCUCUCCAUUCUGGGGUCCCUGGGGAUGUCCCAGCCCUAUCUCAUGGAGAAGGGCCCCCAGGGCACCUGAGCCCUGUUCCCAGGGUCACUGGGUGAUGUCCCAGCCCCAUCCUGGGGUCCUUGGGGCUAUCCCUUGGGGAGGGACCCGCUGGGGACCCCAGAGGACCUCUAUCCCCAUCCUGGGGUCCCUGGGGAGGCCCUAUGGGGAAAGGGACUCCUGAUGACCCCAUCCUCCUCCCGGGUCCCCACCCCAGGCACCCAUCACCAAUAAACCC